UCAGCCUGCUCCUCCACCCGCGCCGCCUGCUCCCGGUUCUCGGCCCCGGCACGCCGGCUUCCAAGUGGCCAUGGGUGGCGGGGGGCCAGCGGUGUAGUCCGCCAGUCUUGGACCCGCGUCCCGCACCCUGACAGUCCCGUAGGCAUUUGAUGUGGAUUAUCUGUGGAUGGAUUGUGCACAGCACUUAUGGGAGGAGCUUUCCGUCAAUCAGAAGUCUGAGAUACAAUUCACAGAGCCAUGGGGGUGUUGAUGUCCAAGCGGCAGACAGUGGAGCAGGUGCAGAAGGUGAGCCUGGCUGUGUCUGCCUUCAAGGAUGGGCUACGGGACAGGCCUUCCAUCCGACGCACAGGUGAGCUUUCAGGGUCCCACCAUGGCACUGUAGAGGGCUCUGUGCAGGAGGUACAGGAGGAGAAAGAAGCAGAGGCAAGCACCCCAGCGCUCCAAGAAGAGAGCAGCAGCAACCGUGCAGCCUGGGAGAGGCUCCGAGACGGGCGUGGAGUGGAGCCUGAGGAGUUUGACAGGAACAGUCGUUUCACUCCCCCUGCCUUCAUCCGCCCCACCCGGAAGCUGGAUGAUGACAAGCCUCCAGAUAUCUGCUUGGAACCCAGAGAGCCUGUUCUCAACGAUGAGAUGUGUGAUGUCUGUGAGGUCUGGACAGCCGAGAGCCUCUUCCCAUGCAGGGUCUGCACCAGGGUUUUUCACGAUGGAUGCCUGCGACGCAUGGGCUAUAUCCAAGGAGACGGUGCACCAGAGGUGACCAAGAUGGCACACACGGAAACAGGCUGGAGCUGCCACUACUGUGAUAACCUCAACUUACUGCUAACUGAGGAGGAAAUGUAUAGCCUCACAGAGACCUUUCAGCAGUGUAAAGUCAUCCCUGAUUGUUCCCUGACAUGGGAAGACUUCCUGCGCUACCGCCACCAAGCAGCAAAGCGGGGGGACAGUGACAGAUCUCUAAACCAGGAGCAAGAGGAGCAGGUGGCCCGCCAGUUUGCAGCCCUGGACCCUGAUCAUCGAGGACACAUAGAGUGGCCUGACUUCUUGUCCCAUGAGUCCCUCCUCCUCCUGCAGCAAUUGCGUCCCCAGAACUCUCUGUUAAGGCUUCUGACUGUCAAGGAGCGGGAACGAGCCCGAGCCACCUUCCUGGCUUGGGGUAGUGGGAGCACCAUCAGUGAGGCAGAGUGCCGCCAUGCACAGCACUCUUGGUUCUGCAAACGCCUCCCAGAGGCUCCUUCCUCCAGUGUCAGCAUCAGCCACGUGGGUCCCAUAGCAGACAGCAGCCCAGCCAGCAGCAGCAGCAAGAGUCAGGACAAGGCCCUUCUGCCCACAGAGCAUGAAUCCAGAUCUGUGGACUGGCCUACCUUCCUGCAGGAGAAUGUCAUCUACAUCUUGGCUGCUCGCCCAAACAGUGCAGCCAUUCACCUGAAACCCCCAGGAUAGAAUGGAGUAGAGAAGCUCAAUUCGGGGACAGUGGCUUUCUCUCCUUUUCCUUUCUCCCUUUCUCCCACCAGCCUGUGGUACUGAGACUUAAGAGGAUGGAACACUGCCAGCAUCUCAAUUUGUCAGCAAGCUUUAUGGCACUGAAAUCACCAUUCACCUCACAACAGAGGCAGUAAAUGCAUUGCCACAGGGAGAAGCCCUGGGAGCUGUGGCAGCAACCAGUCCUGGAAACACACACCCCCACCCUCACAUGAUAGACUGGGCCUGCCACGGCACGGAUAUGUGGGCACACUCACCCACAUACACUCCUAGCUGUCCAUGCCUUCAGACACCUCGUCCUUUUGGUUUACCAUUAUGGUUUAAGAAUGUCCAAAGUUGCUUUGAGAAGCUGCUGAUAUAGAUGAGGGCGUCUCAACUCACCCUAUUCUGUUGGCCAGUUCCAGUUCCAUGAGAUAAGACCCUGACCGAGUGAUUCUUAAUAAGGGGCCUAUCAGAUUCACAUGCUCUCCUGGAAAUACUGACAGGCUCCAUUUUCCCCCCCUUGAAAAUCCCUUCUGUGGUGAGCCACUGUUCUGGUAGGUGUGUGUUAUAUCCCUUAGACGUGUUGGGGUGGGAAAAUGGUUCAGAACCACCACUGCAUUUUAGCCCAUUAUUUAUUUAAAUUGCAAUUCCUGGUAACAGAGAAGGUAACUAGUCUGUGGAAUCCUAAUUAGGAAAGGGAGAGGCAGUCCCUCCCAGGGACCCAGAAGUCUAGAACUUCUCAGCCAGGACAUUCAAGCCAAAAAGUCUUUAGAAGAACAAUCAAAAUCAAAGUGAACCAUCCUGGCCCUUGUUUUACAGAUGUGAGCACAUGACCCACAGUCUAAGGGUCCCUAAUGGAACAAGUAUGAUGGCAGGAGUUAUAGCCCUCUGCAUUAGAUGCUUCACCUAAAUUAGCUACCGCAGAGAACUAAAGCCUGGGCUCCAGUGAGGACAAGGUCUCGAUGGAAAAGAACAGGAGAAAGCCAAUCCUUUUCCAUCCUUCCAGUUCAGCUCAACUGUAGACCUUGAACAGUGUGCCAUUGAACGGAGAACAAAGCCAGCCUCUUCACCAGCCCAACAAAGGGCAGCUCCACAGCUCUGAGCAGGGACUCCUUUCAACCACCCUGACAAUGAAGAUAAGAGGCAGGAGCUAAGGAGAAGAUUUGCUUCUCAGCUCUCAAGCAGAUAAAGUCCUAGCAAAUCCUCACAGGAGGCAGUUUUCCCUUCUCCCCAGUCACUGAGACAAGGCCUGAGUCGCUACUUCUCCCCACUGUUAACUACAUGUUCUUCCCCACCAGGCUAAGGCCUGGGCCUAGAAUGGGAGGACUCUGGGGACAGGCAUCCUGUACCCACAACACUUGACCUCUAAGUCCGAGCUAUCCUAAGUUCUCAAGUCAGUGCAUGCUGUGGAUCAGCCCGGGCCCUUGGGUUCAGGUCUCUGUUUCUAACCUAAUGACAGGUUUAGCCAGAUAUGACUACCAAGAGUUAUUUGAGAGGGGGGUGGUUCAGUCAUGCAGAAGCUAACAUGUCACUAUUGCUCAAAUAACUUGUACUAAAUAGAGUAUUUACAGAAGCAGCAGCAUACAGCUCAGUGUCAAGAUGCUCAGGAGAAAGCGGGGAGCUACAACCAGGAGUGUGGUAUAUGGUCUCCUCCUGCAGAAACUGAGCUGGAAGCAGAGUGAGAAGCUUCUGGAGUUGGAUUAUUUAGGACCGAAAUGAAGCAGACAGAAGACGAAUCUGGGUUCGUGUAUAUGACCCCGAACAUUUCAAAACACUUUCGGUAAAUAUUCCUUAGCCAUACUGUCAGGACUGAUAAAUAGGAGGGGUCAUUAUGCAGUCCAGCCAAAAAAAAAAAA